AUGACACUCUUACUGAUACGAAAUCCGUAUUCAUUUUCAUUGGAAGCGUCAACACUGAUCGCUGAUCAUGAAGCAGGGUUGAAUAUAUCCAAACAGCCGCGCACAACCAAAUUGACGAAACAACAACGAGAUGAGUACAGUCUUGCACAACGUGAUCCAGCUGCAUUCUUUGAAGAGAUCAAAAAACGUUUGCUGGCUUACCAAGGAGAAAGCUCCAGUGCCGCCAAAAUUCGUGGUCUUUCUCAAUCGCUCAAUGUACAUAAUAAAUUUACCUUUCCAGACCAUCGAACAGUGGACGAAGACUCGUUAGCUGUUCUGGAUUCACAAAUUGCUAAAACGAUCGAUGAUGCUGAUAAUAGUCUUUUUGAAAGUCCAUCGAAAACAACUUGUCGAUAUAAAUCUCCAUACAUGUCAAAAUACAAUGAAACCAAAAAUCAUUCCACAUUGGGAAAUAGUUUUACGCGAUCAGAUUCAGGAGUUGGAACGGAUACAUCAGAAAAAAAUUAUGAAAUAUUUCGUUGUCAACGUUUACCAACUAUUGAUGUUGUUUGGUAUCCGUCACUUGAUAGUCAUAAUGCUCUUUUAUCGACGAUUCCUCGCAUACACGAUCGUCUAACAUUCAAGGAAUUUCGACAAUUGUUUAAAAAACAACCUGUGUACAGGUAUUUCUUUAAAACAACUUGUACACCGGACAUUAACAAAGAGCAGUAUGUGUUUCGUGAAUUAACAAUGGACGAUGAACUAGUGCCGUUCUACGAUGGCAAAAUUUUCGUACAAUUAGAUCGAAUUUCCUAG